AUGGAGCCGGAAUUCAGUUACUCGCUACCAUCGCCUACGGGUACACCAUACCGCACACCGUCAAGUUCACAAUCGACCCGAUCACGGCGAUACGACGACAUGUCACCCUCUUCUACCCCUCCGCCUAUGCCCGAUGAGCGAGCCAGCAAGAGACAAAGUAGUGGCUCGAUCAAUCCUGCCCUCGACGGGAACAUCUCUCCUCUCGAUCCCAGAAGAUUCACUCCUACCCUCCACGCCUCCUUGGUGUCCGAGAUCUUGUCGUUACGCAGGGACCUGGAGAGCCGAACCAAUGACAUUGAAAGGUUGGAGAUCAGCCUCCAUACCUCUCAGUCACAAAAUGAAGUCCUCAAUAACAAUCUGCUACAAGCGAACAAGGAGACGAGGUCGAUCAAACGGCAGAUGCAACUUUUGGAAGGAGGCACCCUCUCAGCCCUCAACGAACUAGCCAAAGAACGAGACGACGCAUUGAACGACGUGUCGGAACUGCGCAAAAGACUCGAGCAAAGCCAGAAAAAGGCAAAGACCCAGGAAGAAACCGCAGAAAAGACGCAGGCUCUCUGGGACAAGGACAAGGAAUUGUGGCUUGGUGAAAAGCGCGGGCUAGAAACCAAGGUCCAUAUCGCAGAGGGACGUCUUAAAGUUGUACUGAGUGAGCUUGCUAACGCUCAACACCAUCAACUGCCCCCUGUGUCUCCGACGGAGCGAACAUGUCAGAGUAGGAACAGUGUUAUGGAGAGCCCGAGCAAGGGUUCUAUCCUCGCACGACGAGGACGAAGGCCAAGUGCCACUUCGAUCAAUAGCGACACCCACGGUGGGCGCAUGUCCGUGUUGAGCUUUCACAAUGGCGUUACAGUGAAUCUGGCGGAUGAGCUUGCGUUUGAUGAACUGGAAGAGGAUAUGGCCAACAUCCUCGAGAAUGACGAAGACGGGCGUAUUUCUCCCGACGCGCUGCCUGAAGAGCAAAUUCGUCCCACCUCAAGCCUGUCCCUCAAAGCUCGCAAAGUAUUGGGCAUGCCUUUAGACUUCGAGGAAAUCGAACGCAACGACAGCCCAGAAGAAAAGCGACGGGUUAGUGCCGUAUCUCCAGACGGUGUGCCACGGCAGCCUAGCAUCAAAUAUGUUGACACCGCCAUACAAUUCUCCCCUCCCCCUUCUCCCUGGCCGGCUCUGGCGAACAACCGUCAAUCCAGGAUAUUCCGACCAGCGGAUAUCGAAGUUGGAACUAUCAGGCACGCCAAUGUUUCUCCCACCCCUGACAGCCCUGCCGAUAGUGCAGAGUUUUCGUGGGAAAGGCAGCUACCGAUUAUGGUUUCGUCCGCGUGCCAAACGGUUGAGGCUCUUCCAAGUCCGCCACUCACUCCAGAGAAACACGACAAUGGCCUCGCUACUAUACCUGAGAGCUUUUUUGAGAGAGUCCCGACAGCGACGAUUGCUACCCAGACUGAUGACAUCGUGCCUGCGAUCAACAUUAGCCAUAAACAUACUGAAAGCGAGGAGACUCUUGAUCUCAAAGUGCCUUUGAUUGCCAUCAUACCUCCGGGAUCCAGACCUGCCACCCCUGAGAACAGUGUCAUGUUGCCGCCCCGAACUAAGAACGCCGGUACCCAAGUAAGCUCAGAUGCUCUUGGUGGAUAUCAAUCAGCAUCGAUGCAGACCGAAGAAAUCCGGGUUGACAAACGAGCCAUCGUACCUCCAUCUGAGAUGCCUCCUGCUCCUCUAUCAAAUAAUUACAGACCACCCGUAUCUGCCAUGGCAGUGCCACCACCCAUUUCUCGAACAAGAGUCUCCCCCGCUGCUUCCAUGUUCUCUUCUCGACGCGGCAUGGCUGCAGGACCCUCCAGAGCGCCAGUGCCUCCCCCGAACGAUAACGGACCGCUUUCCAGGGAUCCCGCCUCCAACAUGCCCAGACCUAUUCGAUCGAGCAGCCUUUUCGCCGGAUUCGAUGAUGACGUGGAAGACGAGAACGACCUAUUUGAUGAAGACAAUUUCCUUGACGAUGACAUUUUCAGUCGUCCGACCGCCAAGUUCGUCCUCAAAUCUGGCAAGUUGGUGUCUCAAGAUCCCCUUCUUGAAGACAUUGGCGAAAGUGUGGCAGUCAGCGCUGGUGAAGCUGCCGCCCUGGAAAAGCUUCGCCUUUCAGAGGACGGUCUUCCUCUGGAACUGAGGAUGGCUUUCUCCAAAGGCAGGACUAGCCCUCCAAGACGGUCUCAGAAGCAGAAUAUCGGCUCAAAGCUCAAGCGUGUACCAUCGGCUCGAUCCAGCAACAUGAGAAGGACUGCAUUGAUAUCAAGUGGAGCUGCUGCUCAUCGCACAUCACAUUCCCAAUCUACCACGGCUUCCGUCGACAGUAAUCCUCCUUUCCCUGUCCCUUUGAGGUACAGCUCUGCAAGAAUCGGUAAAUCGAUCAGCGAAGGUGGUCGAAGCUCGCCCGCGAGUAGCAAUGCAUCUCCAACAAAGAGGCCGAAACACAAAUAUACUAGACCUAUGUUGAGAAAAGCUCGGUCUGGUCCUGCCAUUUCGCCUCAUUCUCAAGCACGACGAGCCCGGAGUCGUUCACCACCUCUGGAUCCACGGGUCUCCAUUGUGCCUGAAAUGCCCAGCUUUCAAAUGCCAACAACGGAACCGGCAUCGUUCCUGGCUGAGCCUUACGGCAACCCCAGGGAGGCGAGUGCACCUCGUCCAUCCAUCGCCACCGGGCCUAGCCGACAGAACACCCAUCACGUAAAGACCAAUUCAGAUGCGGUGUCCAUGCAGCAGACAUCCGUUGUUGAUUCGAUCGCGCAGACUAUGGUGGGUGAAUGGAUGUAUAAGUAUGUUAGAAGGCGCAAGUCGUUUGGGGUGACCGACAAAGCCGACUGGGAUAGUAACAAGAGUGUGGAAGAGAUCUCUCAAAGUGUUACGAACAAUGGUGUCCGCCACAAAAGAUGGGUAUGGCUUGCGCCAUAUGAGCGUUCUGUUAUGUGGAGCAGUAAGCAGCCAACUUCUGGUACAGCUUUGAUGGGCAAGAGUGGCCGAAAAUUGAUCAUCAAGUCGGUUCUUGAUGUCAAAGAUGACAACCCUAUGCCCAAAGGUGCAAUCGCUGGUCAGCAUUUCAACAGAUCCAUCCUCAUUUUGACUCCUCAGAGGGCUCUCAAAUUUACAGCAACCUCACAAGAGCGCCACUAUGUGUGGCUGACCGCGUUGUCAUUCUUGUCACAUUCGCCCCUGAGCGUCAAUGAAUUGACCGCCAUACCGCCGCCGCCACCACCUCCAGAAAAUGACACAUUGAAUCAACCUACACCAUCCCUCGCAGGUUCUCUUCGACGGCGACCUAUUCGUGACUCGAUCCGCAUUGCGAAGAACCCGCUUCGGGCUGGUCCUGGUCCUAGAUCCUUCACGACUGACGGAUCGAUUCCUGUCCAGGAUUCUCGACCUCCAACUCGCGAUUUCUAUGACCCAACACAAGACCCUGCUCUACCGCCUGUCAUCCCACGACAUUCACGAAAACGGAGCAACACGGCUCCGCGAGUACCACCCAGUUCCUUUAGAAGUUUCUCUGCAAAAGAGGCAACUCCUAGCCUGCCUGGUGCAGGCUCCACCUAUUCGCAAAGCAUCCGAUCAACAGCAGUCUACUCAUCUGAUCGGGGCUUGUACACACCCAGUCUCGGCAUGCAGAGCAUUGUGAGCAGCCGCCGAGGCAGUGAGGCAAGUGCAUCUGGCCGACCUCCUGUCCCACCAAUAUUCCUAGAUUCCAUCCAACAAACAACAACCAUGCGGAUGGAUGCUUUCAUUGAGGGUAAAACAUCUACCUCGUCAACCCGUCCUUCCUUCAGCGUCCUCCGUGGGCAGUCGAAGAAGAAGGAUAUGAGUUAUUGGGGAUUUGAUCAAGGUCGAGACAGUAUCAGCCCGGUGGAUUCGUUGCUUCAUAGCGAGAUGAUGGCAGCAAGCUCAUCCACCAGAGGCAGUUCUGACUCGAGAGACUUAUGGCGAGGUUUUUGA